AUGUGCUGGAUGCGGAUAUUCUUCGCUCUCAUCGUUUUGUUUUCUAUAGAUGUCAGUACAGCUGAUCGUCGACCAAACAAAUACCAAGAUCCAGAAGUGGUAGCCAUGAAUUUACAAUCUGGUGUUCAGAAAUAUUAUAUGCCUGAUAGCGAUUCCUAUAGUGGCCACAAAGUAAUGCGUCGUGUCAGAAGGCGAACACAUAAGCGUGCAAGUUAUUUUGCUGCACCUCUUGAUUUUCCACGGAAUAUAAAACGAUAUGAAAGCAAUGAAAAUGAUGAUAUUUCUGAUACGCCGAUGUAUCUUCAGCAACCUAUGGAUAAAGUUUAUCGUGUAUUAUCACAGAGUCUUUCUAAGCCUCAUUUGUCAUCAGAUAACGAAGAACUUUUACACAUUUUGCUAGAACUUAUCAAGCUUUUCAAUAAAAGGCCUGUUCGUAAAAUAA